AUGAGCGCUUCCCCCACGUCCAAAGACGGCCGACAUGCGUCCCCGGCCCCCAAGUCCAUAGCCCUUCCCGGGAGUCCACUGGCGAGUCCACUGGGGAGUCCGCUGCUGCAUCCAAACGGCGUGAAGAUUGCACAGGACGAAGUACGGCGGCCGUCAAUCCAGUUUCUGGCACACCGGAAUGCAUCGCUACCCAGAGGUACUCCAAGGCCGCGUGAACGAAGAAGGCUGUCGUCACCGCCGCCUCCGCCAGUCUUCCAGCCUCGUGUAUCGUUCGACACCUUCGACAAACCCGCAGACUUCAUUGAAGAGAGUUCAUUCACAUUAAUCGCCAAGCACAAGGACUAUGAAUACACCAAGCGCUCACGGACCUUCUUGUGCGGUUUCGACGAGAACGAGUAUUCCAUAUUCGCGCUGCAGUGGCUCAUUAGCGAGCUAGUCGAUGACGGCGACGAAAUCGUGUGCCUGAGAGUAAUGGAAAAGGAAGAUGCAAUAGCCAACGACCGCAGUGUAGAGACGGGGCGAUAUCGCGUGGAGGCCGAGAAGACCAUGUCCGAGAUACAGGCCAAAAAUCACGACAACAAGGCCAUCAACCUCAUACUGGAGUUUUCAAUAGGCAAGGUCAAUAAGGUGAUCGAUGAUAUGAUAAAUCUCUACGAGCCUGCAAUUCUAGUUGUCGGAACGCGCGGCAAGAGUCUUGGGGGCUUCCAAGGUCUUCUUCCUGGUAGUGUCUCGAAGUACUGUCUACAGCAUUCGCCCGUUCCAGUCAUCGUUGUUCGCCCAACGUCUAAACGGGACAAAGCGAAGAGCAAACGCUCAAAUGACCCUGACCGGCAGACGUACAGGGAUAUCAUUGCAAAGAGUGAAGGUCUUCCAGAUUAUCACAGCCCGCGCAAUAGCUAUUUUGUAAACGAGGACGAAGCAGCGACAAUUGCAGCGGCAGCACCUACACCGAAGCUUGUCGUAGAUGCACAUCCUUUGGCUCAGGUCGAACAUGCGCAAGACAGUGACGAUGAUGCAGACACUGGAAAUAACACGCUAAUUAGGGAUGGCCUGCGAAGUCCGGGCCCGAUGAUGAAGAGCCCGCACUUGCAAAAUCUCGAUAGCCCAGAGCUGAGUAGCCAGUCGAGCAGCGAGGACGAAGAUGAGCAGGGCGCACCAUCAACUAAAUCUGGAACAACUGCUGUGGAUGAAGAUGUGGGUGCAACGGAAAAGUCGAGCGGCGGGGAGGCGGAUGCAGAGGGCCGAAAGAGCUCCAUGUCGUAUGUGGAUAGUCUUACGAGUGAGGCUCAGCCAAAGGCCGACGCGCCGAGGGAGUCAGGGGGCGCAUAGUCUUGUAUAAUACCCAUUUGAUAUCUCUGAGAUUACAGCCUGACACUUGAUGCACGGCAGUGUGUGGCAAGUUCCU